AUGUCACUCCUUUCCAAUCAAGGCCAGGUCGGCAGUGACAUCGGCAGUGAGCUGGGUGGCGCCGGAUCGGGCGAGCACGAACAGCAACACCCCACCGGUACCGAGGGCCAUGGCCCGAUGGGCCAGGAGAUGGCGGGAGCUGGUGGUGGCGAGCACGCACACAACACCCAGGUCGUCCAAGGCGAGGUCGGGAGCCAGAUGGGCGGCGCUGGCUCGGGCGAGCGCCCACCGGGCUAUAUCCCCCCUCUCAUCAGCACCGUCGGCAGCCAAAUGGCGGGUGCCGGUUCCCAGCAGUGA